UUUGCUCUGUCUGCUGCUCCACUACUGUAAAGCCUUGUAUUAAACCCAUUCAAUAUCCCCGGCUCUGCUCUGUGUCUGCAAACGGGAACCAAACUGCGGGCCAAAACUCUAACAAAUUCAUUUUCAGUCACGACACCGCUGCGGAAGACUUUAAAGCCACGCGACACGGACAUGCAUUGAAGAUACACAAAGAAGAAGAUCCCGCUGUGUAUUUUUUUUAAAAACAAUUCAUCAAUGUAAGUUUGCGAUUUGUUAAGCUACAUAUGAAAGUGCCUUGGCGGCUAAGGGGGACGAGCCACAGCGACGUUUUGGUGCAUUUUGAUCGCCCAUUACCUGCCUGCGUCGCUCGGAGAUAGUGGAGAGAGGAUGUUGUCCCGGUUGAGAGAGCUCCUGUGUGCUGAUUGGAUCUGGUUUCCAGAGGGUCAUGGCUGGGCGGACUUCAAGGACCAGAGCGAUGGCAAAGUCUUCCCCCAAACGUCUGAUCUGUGGGCCACCCUCCCCAUCGCGCUGUGCUUCCUUUUACUCAGGCCUUUGUUUGAGAGGACAAUAGCUGGUCCUCUGGCCGCCCUUCUGGGAGUGAGAGACAAACCCAGAGUCUGUGCUUCUGCAAAUCCCACUCUGGAGUCCUAUUUCGGCCGCACAUCAAAACACCCCUCACAGAGCUCCCUGGAGAGUUUGAGUAAACAAACGGGUCUCUCAGUGCCACAGCUCCAGAGGUGGUUCAGGCGCCGGCGAAACCAGGACCGGCCCAGCAAAGUCAAAAAGUUCCAAGAAGCCAGUUGGAGAUUUACCUUUUACUUUGUUGCCUUUUUCGCUGGACUGGCUGUACUUAUCGAUAAACCAUGGUUUCAUGACCUGAAGCUGAUGUGGGAAGGCUUUCCAAAAAUGACCCUGCUUCCCUCUCAGUACUGGUACUACAUGAUUGAACUGGGAUUUUAUAUCUCACUUCUUUUUAGCGUGGCGUCAGAUGUCAAACGAAAGGAUUUUAAAGAGCAGAUUGUUCACCACGUGGCCACUAUCUCCCUCAUUGGUUUUUCGUGGCUCGUGAACUAUAUUCGGGCCGGGACUCUCAUCAUGUUGGUGCACGAUGCAGCGGAUUAUCUGAUGGAGUCAGCGAAAAUGUUCAACUACGCGGGCUGGAGGAAGACAUGUAACCUCAUCUUCACUGUAUUUGCGGUGGUUUUUAUCAUCACUCGCCUCAUCAUCCUGCCAUUCUGGAUCAUUCACACAACGUGGGUGUACCCUUUGACCCUGUACCCGCCCUUUUUCGGGUUCUACUUCUUCAACGGGCUGCUGUUUGUGCUCCAAGCGCUGCACGUCUUCUGGGCUGCCCUCAUUAUCCGGAUGGUCAUCAAGUUCCUCCCUGCAAAUGACAUUGUUGAAGAUGAGAGGAGUGACAGGGAGGAAUCCGAAUCUGAGGACGAGAGCGACGUAAUCAAAGAGAAAUCCACAAACGGACAUGUGCAAAACGGACACACUCCACUCAACAACAACCACCGGAAGACAGACUGAUCGGACAGAGAAAAGGAGAGGAGGAGAGAUUUCCUGCUUAUGGUUUGAAAGCCAAAGAUUUGAGACCUGGCACAUUUUAAGAAGACAAAACAGUACAAUAGCAUUCAAUAAACAACAUUUUGAAGAGUGGAUUUCACACUUUUUUGCCUUACGGAGUUGUACACUAAAAUCAUGACAACGAAAGAAGCCACACCUAUCAAGAUACAAAAACUUUAAUUUAAUUUCUGCCAAUACUUUGUGCUCUCGACCAAGUUGCCACAGCCCUGAUAAUGUUAUAUAGCUUUUGAUUUGUUACUGGAAUUUAAUUUAAAGGGCCUGUAUUAUGCUGUGUUAUAAUGUUAUUUCCUUAUCAAAAACAUAUCUGGAGUUGUGUUUUGUUUCAUUUCAGUUCACACACAAACCCUGUAUAUUUAGGUUGUGUUCUUCUAUCAAACUGAAACCACUCUGUUCCACCUUGUGAUGUCAUAUGGUAAUAUAGGAAGUGCUCCACAGCGUUUUUAAACUCCAUACACCUUCACCAGAAUCAUUCAGAUAAUUUCAACCUUGGAAUUGUCAAUCUCUAUUGAACUAAAGGUAAAACUUAGCUGUUAACUUUAGAACUACCACUACAUGACAUCACAAGGUGAAAUGGAGCAUUUUGAGCUUUGGAGCUGUAGACACACUAAUAAUAAAGACUUACUCAAAUGUGUGAAUGAAACAGAAACACAACUCCAGGCAUGUUUUUGAUGAGGUAACAACAUUGUAACAUGGCUUAAAGCUCACAAGAGUCAAUUUUGCGUAAUAUAGGACCUUUAAAAUGUUCAAAGUAAUAUUACUGUCAGAGUUUGUCAGUGUUAAAAAAGCACUAAACUGAGUAACAAACUUUUUUAUGGACAAUAAAACUGCAGUUAACAGCUUAACACUUUGCGUUAAGAUGUGUUGCAUAAAUAUUUGGGGUUUUAUUUCAAAACUAUAUCUAUUAUGACCAAGAAAAGGUUUUAGCAGUAAAAAUCUUUCUUUGUCCAUUGGGACACUUUGCCGAACAACACACAUUAGGUUACUUCUACUAGUUUUAAAGGUGCAGUGUGUAACUUUUUUGGUAGAGAAUCUGCCACCUGCUUGUGUCUAUGGACUGUAGCUCAGUUGGUAAGAGUGUUUGUCCACUGGUCCAAAGGUUAGCGGUGCGAUUCCACUCCUACAGAAUCAAUGCUGUCAUUGCUCUGUCGUUGUGCUUGUGCUGUUGUUGUGUCCUUGGGCAAGUCACUUAACCCACCUUGCCUCUAGUGUCUGCAUACACUGGUGUAUGAAUGGGUGAGUGGUUUCUUGAUGUAAAGUGCUUUGUAGGUGGAAAAGCGCUAUAUAAAAAUUUAACCAUUUACCAUAACCAUUAUUGUUUUGUGUGGAAUGUCCUGGUAUGGCAUUGAACUUGCAUUUACUCAAUAACAUGGGUUUUUAUCACCCUGAAACCAGACAUUCUUACUAUGCGUGAGCUCGUCUCUGCAGUUCUGACACGUAACCUGCUGUCUCCAUAGAGAUAAGUAAGUAUAAUGCCAUACUGUAGAACAUUCCAUAGAGACCAGAAAGGUUACACAGUGCUUUACGUAUAUUUUUAAAUGUUUUUUUUUUUUUUUUUUUUUUGAAUCAGUGAUGCAAAGUUGGGAGCAAUUUGUGUUAAAAAAAAUAACCUUCAUUGAUUCAUUACUAGCUGGAAAAGUCUGUACCAUUUCAAUAGCAGUGUUGCUUUCACAUUUAAACAUGCACUUUAAGUUUUAUAAACAAGAAUAAUGUUUCAAGAAGGCACUUAGUUUUACUGUAGUAGCUCAAAUUAUUCAUAUCUUUUUUUAAAAAUACAGAUACAAAUUUAUCAAGGCAUUUUCUAUUAAGAUUUUGAGGUUUUGCAAAAUAAUUUCAAUUUGAUUUCAAAUGAGGAAAUAUUUUUGCUAAAGUUUAGUUUACAUAAUCUAACUAUAUUUAAAGUGCCUUCCAUUUCGGUUCAGUACUUCAUAAACUGUAGUCUGUAACUUAGAUCAUGUCGACCAAUCACCUGCCUCCGACUGAAGUGCUUCCAAUAAUGUUUAUUUUUGUUGUUCAGAUGUAAAAUUCAAAACUAAAUCAUAAAUGAUUCUGUG